CAGCAGACGUGACCGCCGGCGAAAAGAGGAACAUCCUCCUUUCUCACUUCUGUUAAACGAGGGAUGGAGCCGUACAGAUGCUCGGGGCGAUAACUUGGUUGACGAUCGGUUGUCAAGUCGCUGGAACGUUUAACUGUCAGAGCUCGACCACAGAACGCCACAUCCCCCCCCGCCCGGCGCCUCAGAUGGACGACUCGCCGCAGAGACGUCUGUGAAGACACCGUGUUCGCUGAGGGAGUCGAAAGGAGGAAGAAGCAGGGAGCCGCUGACAGAACUGUGGAUUUCAAAAUCGAUGAUUCGCCAGGAGCUGGAAAUCCCCCCCCAGAGGAGUUUCAUCGGGUGGAACUGGAACUAAGGUGGAGCCCCCCCCCGCCGCCGCCGCCGCUCUUCACCAUUGAGCAUGAAUCACGAAUGCAGAGGUCAUAAGAAGCGUUCCAUGUCCGGCCGGCUGCUGCGGUUUCACUCUUAACGUUCACACUGAAACUCAAAGGAUAAACUCUCAAGCUGCAGAGAUUCAACUGGAAAUGUUCUGGUGUUGGCGCCGUGGGAACGAUGCUGAUGAGUCCUGUGCUGCUCUGAGCUCGUAGCGUCGGGAGGCGGAGCCAAGGAGCGACAGCGGCGAGCGCGGCAGCAUCGCCUCCUCCUAUCAAACUGAUUUUACGUGGAAAUUCAGAUCGCGGCCUCGAGAUGGCGGGAAAAGAUUACAACCAUCUCUUCAAGCUGCUCAUCAUCGGAGACUCCAAUGUGGGGAAGAGCAGCCUCCUGCUCCGCUUCGCAGACAACUCCUUCUCCGGCAGCUACAUCACCACCAUCGGCGUGGACUUCAAGAUCCGAACCGUGGACAUUGAGGGAGAGCGGGUCAAGCUGCAGAUCUGGGACACAGCCGGUCAGGAGCGAUUCCGAACCAUCACGUCAACAUACUACAGAAACACCCAUGGUGUUAUUAUUGUUUACGAUGUGACAAAUCCAGAGUCAUUUGUAAACGUGAAGAGAUGGUUGAACGAGAUCUCUCAGAACUGUGACAACGUGUGCAAGAUCCUGGUGGGGAACAAGAGCGACGACCCCGCCCGGCGGCAGGUGGAUACCCAGGAUGCAAUGCGUUUCGGGGAGUCGGUGGGUGUUCGGGUCUUUGAGACGAGUGCCAAAGAAAACAUAAACGUAGAGGAGAUGUUCAUGGCCUUCACCCACAUGGUUCUCCGAGCCAAGAAGCAGAGUCAGAACCGGGCCGAGCGGGAGCGCGAGCGGGAGAAGGGCACGGUCAACAUCAACGCCCAGAGGGACAAGGACCGCCGGAAGAGAGGCAAGAAAUGCUGCUGAGAUGCAGACGGACGCCAAAGCUUAGAGAAGAAGACGGUGCCUUAGGAGACGAGUGUUUCAUCUGCAGAUAUGAAUGUGAGAAACUGUGGUUCGCUCCUUCUUCGCCAAGUUUCAACACAACAGUCGGGUCACACUGCUCGACUGCUGUGGUUACAGUCGCUGAGGGAUUCAGGCCAAGUCCACACGUUACCGUUUAGUUUUAAAAUGCAUCACUAGAGCCACGGUUACGCCUGCAGUUGUGGAGCUGCUGAUCUCGUGUCAGUUUGAAAACUCUGGGUCCGUGUUUGAGUCUGAACAGAAACUGAGACUUUUGGACGAUUGGUUCUCAUCAGUCACAUGACUCGACUCGUCGCUCAGAGAAAGGAAAUCCCAGCUCUGACUCUUCAGCAUCACUUCUGUUACCAACCAACUGUAGAGGCAAUCUACUUCCUGAAUACAUCACAUGACCAGUGUAUGUGAACAGUCAUGUGACAUGUUUGUGUUUUCAGUUUAAAACUAAAACGUUCCCGUGUGGGCGGAGCCUUGAUCUGUCCUCACUGACUUCCUGCAGCAGUCGGGAGGUGACAGCACUGAACGGAUCAUUCUGAUGUUAUUUAGAUCGAAGCAGGUUGUAGUGUUUCAGAGUUUCAAGUUGAUACGAGGACGGAGGAGCUCAUACAUCUGCACUUAAAGUUAAUUAUUACUUUGCAUUAAUGUGGUGAUUGGUUUUUUGAUUAAUCAUUUAUUUUUCAGUGUAUAAAAUGAAAAGAGCUGUUUACAGAUUCCAAACUUCCAGUCUUUAACGUGUUUGAUAUGUUGGACGGUUCCGACCUGGAGUCUAUUUAAAUAUUGGAGAAAGGAAAAACAGAAUCUGCAUGAAUUUAUAAAGUAUUUGUUGGAAAAUUACUCUGAGCUUUGAGUUUUAUCUUGGACAUGAAAUCUGACUCAAAGCAUCAGAGUGAUGAUCUUUCUGUUGUGAAACCAGUCGGGAGUCAGCUCCACAAAUAACUGAUUCAAACCAGACUGAGCAGGAACAUGAAGACGUGAACGUACAUGUCUACUAACACGGAGGAGGCCGGGUGACUUAAUUUCCUCUCGUCCAGAGUGAAACAGAAAAACUCUGAAAGCCACUUAAAUAAAAAAAACACUACAAUCUGCUUUUAAAUAGAACUGAGAUAUAAACUAACUAAUAAACACUGUUACGGUCCCUUAACGUUGCUCUAGUGAACCACUGAGUUUUGCCUUUUUGUUCUAACCAGUGUUUUACCACUGAAAGGGAACUGGUUUUAGUCGUUACUAAAUUGUAAACGUGACACACUAACAGUUGUGUUCAGUCUCAAUGUACGUUUGCCUUGUUUCAGUUAACGCCAGUAAACUCCGACUACACGACAAAAUGUUCCAGUUGUUUGUUGUUUUUAAUGUAAAUCUGUCGCCGAGCAAAUGUGUCCAAAUCCAAAUAAAGCAAUAAAUCCAGA